GUUAAAACACUUGUCAUGUUUCAUUCCAGAUUACCAGAGUUUUAUGUAAAGAUGAGGAAAUCAGAGCUUUUUGAUUUCCAUCUGGAGGCAGAUGAUAGAACGGAGGAAGAGAAACGGAAGCAAAAGGCACCAAAGAAGGAUGGCUUGGCUUCUGCUUUAGGGUUGAGCAAGGAGGCCCCUAAGGCCCCCAUGGACACCGACUACCAGGAGGAAAUGGAGCCGGUCAAGCCUCAAAUCCGAUUCAAUCUCAACUUUGACAAAGAGAUUCGAGGUGAGGCAUCACAGCCAAAGAGAGACAGCUCCACUUUCACCAUUGAGCGUCUGUUUAAAGCAGUGGCCAGCAGGGACGUCAACAAACUGGACGGCCUAUACCAGUACUUGAAUCAGAACAUGAAGAAACUCUCUGACUCUCUGUAUCAGUCGUACGGUAAAACCGCCCUGAUGAAAGCUCUGCUGCACCUCAAAGAUGGCAAGAACGAAACCAUAGAGGAGCUGGUCAGCGUUUCAGAGAGGAUCGGCGACAUUAAAGAGUUUGUGAACGCCGCAUUCACCGAUAGCUACUAUAAAGGUCAAACUGCUCUACAUAUAGCCAUUGAGAGGAGGAGUAUGUCCUAUGUAAAGCUGCUGGUCAGCAAAGGUGCAGAUGUUCAUGCCAAAGCCUGUGGGAAGUUUUUUCAGCCUCAUGAUGGUCCCAACUUCUACUUUGGUGAGCUGCCCCUGUCUCUAGCAGCCUGCACAAACCAGCCUGACAUAGUGAGCUACUUAAUGGAGAAUGAGUUUCCAGCGGACGCCAAGAUGGCUGACUCUCACGGCAACACAGUGCUGCACGCCCUGGUGUUGGUGGCCGAUAACUCGAAGGAGAACACAGAAUUCGUAACGGCCAUUUAUGAUCGCAUCCUAAAGACCAACGCCCGACUGCAUCCCAAGAUAAAGCUGGAGGAGAAAGAGAACAACGAUGGAGUCACACCUCUCAAACUGGCUGCCAAGAAUGGCAAGAUUGGGGUAUUUUCUCACAUCUUACAAAGGGAAUUCCAGGUGAAUCACUUCAAGCACUUGUCCCGUAAAUUCACUGAGUGGGCUUAUGGACCCGUCCACAGUUCUCUGUAUGACCUGACCUCUUUGGACACAAACGAGAACAACUCUGUUCUGGAAAUUCUAAUCUAUGGCAGUGAAAUUCCCAACCGCCACGAGAUGCUGGAGAAGGAGCCGCUCAGCUGCCUCCUGGAGGAUAAGUGGAAGAAGUUUGGACGUGGAAUGUUCUUUUUCAACUUCCUGGUCUACCUUGUGUUCCUGAUCAUCUUCACUGUUGUAGCCUACAAUAAAAAAGAUGCUACACAGCUUCCGUUUAUCCCUGACGACGCCUGGGAUUACCUGUAUGUUUCAGGCCAGCUGCUGACUUUACUAGCAAACUUCUAUUUCUUUGUCACUGGGAUUAUAGAAAUGAAGAGGAAGAGGCCAAAGAUGCAAACACUGCUGAUUGAUGGAUAUUAUGAGAUUCUCUUCUUCGCGCAGGGCUUACUGUUCCUGGUCGCCACUGUUCUGUACUGGGCGGGGAGGAAGGAGUACCUGGGCUUCCUGGUGAUCUGUCUGGCUCUCAGCUGGGUGAACGUGCUGUACUACUCCAGGGGCGACAAACACAUGGGCAUCUACAGUGUCAUGAUACAGAAGAUGAUCCUCAGCGAUAUCCUGCGCUUCCUUUUUGUUUAUAUUGUUUUCCUCUUUGGAUUCUCAGCAGCCGUCGUCACACUGCUCAUACAAGCUCCUCCUGAAAACAGAACAGGACAAGGGAGGCAAGGAUUUUUUGCUACCUCCAAACCCGACACAGAGUGUUUCACGCCCAGCUACAGAAACAUCUCCUACACUACCCUGCAGCUCUUCAAGUUCACCAUCGGCAUGGGCGACAUGGAGUUCACCCAGGAGUACCAGUACAUGGAGGUCUUCUACGUCCUCCUUAUCGGCUACAUCAUUCUCACCUACAUCUUGCUCCUCAACAUGCUUAUAGCCCUAAUGAGCCGCACAGUGGAAAAGAUCACCACGGAGAGCGCCAGCAUUUGGAGGCUGCAGAGGGCUGUCACAAUCAUGGACAUGGAGAGGCGGCUACCCUGCUGUCUGAAGAAGAGUUUUCGCUCUGGGGUGGAGAGGAAACUCUGCACCGCUAUUGGAGACGAUCGUCGAAGGUGUUUCAGGGUCGAGGAAAUGAACUGGAACAAAUGGAACACCAACCUGGUCAACAUCAGUGAGGAUCCAGGAUGCUGUGAUCUGAGCCAGCAGCCUGAUUUGGACAGCCCUUCCAGAGGGUUUAACAGAGGGAGGAGCUGGAGAGACAUUUUCAUGGAGGGUUCUUGGAGGAGGAGGAGGCCGCCUCAGUCCACCGAGAUGAGCCUCCUGUAAAUCUGAAGAGUUAAACAUGGUUGCUCAGCCCGAAUGAUACGAGCAACAACAGAGAAAAGCUUGAACUGAUGCCCUAACUGACUUGCAGUGUUUGCGUUGUUGUAAACACAGUUUCAAAAGAAACAUUCAAGCAAUAUCAACAGUAGCAAGGAAAAUAUUGAGGGUCUUCCUGUGUUUGACAUCAAUAACUCUAUUAAAAAAUUACCUUUAGGCAUGCUGUAGCAGGUUUUGCUUAAUCCUAGAUGAAAUGUUGUAUUUUUUAUUAAAAUGUCUUGUGAUGUGUAUGUCAACAAGCUGAUUUUGAACGUGAGCGGUGCAAAGACGCCCCAACCUUCCAGCGCCUCUGGCGUGGCUUAAAAUCCAUCAUGGCGUUGUGCUGAUCACCAAGGUGCUGAUCCUGCCUCUCCUGCUGUGUGCCCUUUAUACAGGUCCCAUUUUCAUCACAGCCAGACAAGCUAAAUCUACUGCAGUCAGAUCAGGCCUGCAGAUUUCACAGCUUGCUCCAUCUACUCGACUUCCUCUGGCCAUGAGGCAGAGGCAGGCCUGCAUAAAGGGCAUGAAAGCACAGCAAUCGGAGCAACAAUCGCCACCUUCGGCUCCGGCUGACACAGUUACAAAUUAUACGUGCUCCAGACCUUUUUGUUCAGUCACUUCUUUGGCUGUGAGGCUCUAGUCGAAGUUUCCUUGUGUUACGCAAAUAAAAGGUGAUAAUUUUGGUUUUUCAGAGAU